CGGCCGGACCCCAAUCAGACCAUUAAACCUCAAACCCCUUGCUUGACCGGCUCAAUGACUUAAACCGGUUUGACAACCUUGGGUUUCUCCUGCACCCAUCCACCUUACACAAUUACACUCCAUAUUUAUCCUUUUUAUUCACUCUUUCCUCAUUUACGUCACUCUCUUCUUCUCUUAAUUCCUUCCCUCUUUUCUCAUUUUAAAUUUCUCCAUACAAUUUCUCAAUUGCCCAACAUAACCGCUCAAAAUCAGAAAAGGUAAAAACUAAAAACCCCAUAUAUCGAAUCAAUUUUACCAUCUUUCUUUAUUCUUAUUUAUUCAUAAGGACUAUAAUUAUAUUUUUUAAUCUUGAAUUCUUCAAUUAAAUAUGUUAAUAAGAUAUGAAAUUCUCAAUUUAAACAUUAGUAUUUAUUCUUCUAUAUGUAUCAUGAAGUUAUUUUUAUUGUAUUUAACAAUAUUAUAUGCCACCGAUUUUAUGAUCGAUUUUAUACCGGUUAAUCACCGGUUAUCCGAUAAACCUUAAACCUCUCACUAAUCCGGAUCGUUACCCGGUCCGGUUUUGACAACACUAAUAAAUUCGGAUACCAUUAACAUUUGACACAUUCAAACAAAAACUUCUGUUGACGAGGCCAGUGCCUCCGUCGCCAGCAGCGUUCCUCCGUCGCCGGCCAACCUCCCAUCGCUCUCAAUCGUCGGAAAACAAGUAAGUUUACUUUUUCCGACAAGUUUUCUAGUUUUCCAGCAUGUUUUCCAGUUUUCUGGCGAAAAACACGGCGGGCGGAAAAAAAAUUGCGGACGAACGCCGGCGAGCCGAAAAAAAUUUGCGGCUGGUGCGACGCCAGGACGAAAAAUUCUUUCGGCCCGCUGGCGCCUCGGCCGAAAAAAAUUUACGGCCGGGGCGACGUCGGGCCGAAAGAUAUUUUCGGCUGGGGGUCGCCCCGGGCGCAAAAAAUUUUCGGCCCGACGGCACACCGGCCGCAAAAGUUUUUCGGCCCGGCGAUGCACCGGCCGCAAACAUUUUCGGCACCGUGGCGCGCCGGCCCCAAAAUGUUUUCGGUCCGGCGGCACACCUGCCGCAUUUUUUUCUGGCCCGGCCGGUUUUUGUAUUUAAUUUAAUUUAAUAUGUUAAUUAAUUAGUCAAUAAAAAAUUACUUAAUUAGUUAAUAGAAAUUAGCAAUUAGUGUUAAUAUUUAUUUAAGUUGGUGUAUAAAUAUUUUUUUAAUAGGCGUAUGAAUAUUUAAUUAGUUAGAUUAGUUAAUAGAAAAUUAAUUAAUUAUGAAUUGAUUUAACAAUUAAUGUUAAUAUUCAGUACAUUAGUUAAUAGAAAAUUAAUUAAUUCGUGAUUAAUUAAUAAUUAAUUUUAAUAGUACAUUAGUUAAUAGAAAUUUAAUUAAUUAGUGCGCUUCUAAGUAUGAUAUUGUGUAAAUUUGUAGAUAAUUAGAUAUGGAUGAUGCGGGUGGGAGUGAGUUCUAUAGAUUCAAUGGUAGGGUUGUUGAUGCAUCAACACGAAGGAAGGUGCCUAAGAAGAAUAAGGAGAAGAAGCGCUCUCGAGAUAUUGGACAUCAGUCAGAGGCAAAUUUAGAGGAGGAUGAGUUAGAGGCUCCUACUGUAGUUGCUCGUUCGGCAUCACGGGCGUCUGGUUCCCAUGGGAGGAACCAGGGUGCUGCAUCGAGAGUGGUCUCGGCUGAGUUUGAUGAGGACGAUACUAAUGAGGAUAUCGAGGUCCCUCCACCUACGCGUGGACAUGGACGAGUAUCGUCUUGUACGACAACAUCACCUCCUGCUAUGUAUAGGGACCGAGUUGGGCGAUUCGUACCACCUGCUCGUGAGGAGACAGAGAGCUCGGGGAUUGGACGGAGUAGGGGAGGACGUUCGAGUGGUCCUCCACCGUGGGAGCUUGUUGGUGAGUGUCCUGGUGGAACUACGAAUCCUAGCCUCAUUAGGAGCUUCCGUGGCCACGCUGCCUAAGUGCUUUGGACGGGGGUUGGAGAUCGAGGGGUCAUCAGUUGCUACAGUCGUACAUCGGCGGUUGAUUAUCUGGGUAGCUACGUGUUUAGUCAUGUUGAGGCGGAGGAUCUGGUUCAGUAGUCAGGUCUCCAGCACCUGAUCUAUUCUAUGUUGACUAGUUGACUCCGCAGCGGUAAGAUUUGACCACUAGAUCGUUACUCUAUUAUAAAUAUACUUAGCAUGAAACU